GGGGGCGUUGAUGGCAGCCAGUAUUCCGAAGGAAAUAUCAACCCACGCCUUAAAGCCUCCGCCAUAGCACAGAAUGCCGCGCAGGUAGCCAAGGCCGCCAACGAAGCCCAAGCGGACGCUGCCCACGAUGCCGCCCAGAAGGUAAAGAUUCAGUUGGCGGAGAAAGCUUAUCAGGCAGCGAAUGCUGCCGAGGCCGUGCUCGAAGGCAAGGAGGCAAUUGUGGCGAACUUUGAGCGCGAGAUACGAGAGGCUAACGCAGUAGUCAACCAGGUGACUAACUCACUAGACGGCACUGAAAGCAAUGCGGAUACUGCGGUAAUAGCUGCUAAAGCCGCAGAGGCCCAGUUGUCUGAUCUGAAAUGCCUUGUGCAGGAUGCAGGGUUGAGCCUCAACGACGUUGAGUCGCUGGUCGAACAAGCGCAAUCCGAAAUGGAAGAGAAGGCACAAAUGCUUGCAGCGGCAAAGACACGAGCUCAUCGUCUCACUCGACAACUGGCCCAGGCCAAAGAAGAGUAUGUUCAGGUCAAGGAAGCGGCGUAUAAAGCCGCCUGUGCGGCCGUUGAGGCUAAGCAAAAGGCAGCCGCGAGCCGCGGCUGUCGCAUGCUAGCCAUGGUUCGACAACGACGGCAACAACAGGACCUUUUAAGCGACGAACCGAGAUGGUCUUUUUUACAUGGGCGUCAUUUCUACAGAAAAUGCUUGGAUAACAAUUAA